UGCACUUGCACAUCCGUGUAGGAUACUCCCCGACAGGAAACAACAACCUGCAAAGUCAGAAGGCGCCUCUUCUCUGGUUGGCAUCCAGAUCGCUCCCAUCUGUGUCUGGCAUAAACCCGGUGCGCGCUGCUGCUGCCUCUUGUUCCAAGACUAAUUUAAGACAGCGCUUUGAACCCCGUGCCAUAGUGUACUGGAGCUGAGUGUUGUGAAUGUGUUAGGUGCGCUGUUUAGCCACUCCGCAGAGCCUGAGAAGAGUUUAAUCGCAGCGCUACACCAACAAACAAGGCGUUUGGAGUUGUUUUCUAUUUACCAAGAGGACUGUGAGGCAGGAUCUCAGCAUGGAUACAGCCAGCGACUCUAUCGGGGAAAGUAAGCCGGUGUGUCAGUGUGCUCCAAAGUCCGCGGUCCAGCGGUGGCUUCCAGGUUUUCCCAUCGCUCUGUGCAUGCUGAUGUCCCUGAGCUCCAUCACCGUGUGUCUUCUGAUGAGCCUCAAGACCCACCAGCUGGAGAACCGACUGCAGAUGGAGAUGGACAAAGCGUCCAUCUUCCAGCCGCCGCACAGGGCUUGUCUUAACGAGGAUGGGACCCUAAUUCCUGAGCUGAGCACUUCAGUGGGGAGGCUCGUGGAAGAGAAAGUGGGGGUGCUGAUGCCGAAAUCAAGGACGACUAGGGAUGCUGGCCAAGAGUGCUCCUGUCCUCCAGGGCCUCCAGGAAAGCGUGGAAGAAUGGGAAGAAGAGGCGAACCUGGACCUCCUGGCAAGGCUGGACGGGAUGGAUACCCGGGUCCUCUUGGCCUGGAUGGGAAACCUGGUUUUCCAGGUCCCAAGGGAAGCCAGGGACCAGCUGGACCCAAGGGAGAAAAGGGUGACCAAGGAGACAUUGGGCCAAGGAUGGUCUUCCCCAGAUAUGACCAUGGUUUUCUCUCUGGAGAGCAGUCCAGUAGCUUUCAGAGACGCUUUCUGAAGGGUGACCAAGGCCAGGCUGGACCCGCUGGUCCUCCCGGUCCCCCAGGCCCCCCUGGCCCCCGAGGCCCCCCUGGGAACACAGGCAAGGAUGGCCCACGUGGCCCUGCUGGCGAGCCGGGUUUUCCAGGUCGUGAUGGUGUAGAGGGGCCACAAGGAUUGCCUGGGAAGCCGGGAGAAGAUGGUGAGCCCGGAUAUCCAGGACCACAGGGUCCUCCAGGAGCGAAGGGCGAGGCAGGUAUGGGAGAAAAAGGAGAAAGAGGCAUGGAUGGACUCCCAGGAUUCAAGGGGGACAAAGGGGAAUCAGGAGAGCAAGGGCCACAGGGACCCAUGGGUUAUCCCGGCGAAAAAGGCGCCACAGGCUCCUCAGACAUCAUCGACUUCAACGGGAAGCUUCUAGAUGCUUUCCAGGCCAUCAACACCAUUAGUGUUUCGGGCCCACCUGGACCACCUGGACCCUCAGGCCCUUCAGGAGAAAAGGGUGAACUUGGUUUACCUGGGCCUGCAGGAGUCGAUGGGGAGAAGGGACCUAAAGGUGACAUGGGUGAGACAGGACCUCCUGGCGAGCGGGGAGAGAAGGGAGAAAUGGGGCUGUCUGGGCCUACUGGUAUGGACGGACACAAAGGAGAGAAAGGCGACUGCAGAAUGGAUGAUAACCUGGUUCAGAUGAUUUCCCAGCCAGGCCCACCUGGCCCACCUGGCCCACCAGGAGUCCCUGGGUCCCCUGGAUCUAUGGGGCUGCAUGGAAUGCCUGGUCCUAAGGGUGAGCCUGGAUUUGGAAUAAAGGGAGAGAAGGGGGACUUGGGUGCUCCUGGACCCAGAGGAUUAGACGGUGGCCCGGGCUUAACUGGGCCUGCAGGGUUGGUGGGUCUUCCAGGUGCGAAGGGAGAAAAAGGCAGACCAGGGGAGCCUGGACUAGACGGUUUCCCAGGCCUGAUGGGAGAGAAAGGUGACCGAGGGGAAAGAGGAGAUAAGGGUGACAGGGGAGGAGUGGGAAAGAGGGGUCUAAAGGGCCAGAAGGGAGAGCAGGGUCCUCCGGGCUUGGACCAGCCUUGUCCUGUGGGCUGUGAUGAGACUAAAGGUGUGUCUGAGGAGGCAGGGCUUUCUUCCGCUCCACCUCCACCUCUUCCUCCUUCCGGCCCUGAGGCCCCCUGUCCUGUGGGACAAGACGGGCUGCCCAUACCAGGCUGCUGGCACAAGUGAUGACUAACCAGCAGCAUGGAGUCUGUACAUAUUGAUAUGGUAUAUAUUGCAAUUGAAUACUACACCAACAACCCGCUCCCUUUUUUCCUUUUUUUUUUUUUAUCAUAAAACGUUUCAUAUAAUAUAUUGAGAUUUUUUUUAACAAGGACAUUCUUGAGUCUACAGUAUUAUGAAAGCUUUUUGUAGAGAUCCAGCGUCGUUGAGAAUGCAGCUGUGGUUUUGAAGAGAAGAAACUGAACUGGCAGUUGGACUCUUACUUUGAAGGACAGUCCAGAUGACAGUGUUGGAGUGCCUUGACGGUCUCGCGGCCUUACUAACAAAGCCUGACUCGCUGCCUGAUUGUAAUCACGAAUGGAUAUAACUGUGUGUGCACUUACCCAGUCUCACGGAUGCUUGGAUGGAUGGACAGAUCUCUUUGGGAGUGGCAGAUGGAGGAACGUGGGUCAGUACUCUCUUCUCCUCUCUCUCUGUUUUUUAUAAAAGGAGGAAAUGGCAAGACAGAAGCUCAAACGCAAGCGUCUCUCUCAGCCCUAAAGGGGCUCAGGGCCUGGUGGAGAAAGGACACAUAGACGGGCAGAGAGCUCAAGGGGCAGACUGGCCUUUAUGAGGCAGAGCGAGCCAUGUCGUGCCUCAAGUGUCACACCGAACACUCAGAUCCUCUGUUAUGGAAACUCUCCAGGAGGGGGCGGCAGAGAACCCUGCAUUUCCACAUUCACCUGAGAAGCGAAGGCACACCUGUGGCUGAUGAUGUUGCGCAACAGCUUGACAACCGGUCGAAGUUAUUUGACGUCACUGGCACAUAAGGAAGGAUUUACUGCACAGAUACAUUGAACAAGUUGUGGUGAUCUCUUGUACGGCUCUUUUGUAAAGGUUUUCACUCAUUAAAUGCAUGAUCAUAACAAGGCACAGCGUUGUUUAGCAUCCUGACAGCUUGUAUGACUUGUGGUCCCUCAUUGAAACCUCAAACAACAGUAGAUUCAGUUUCAUUUGCAAUAAGCAGCCUUUAAUCAUCUUUCCAUUUGAGCAAGCCACUCAGAGAAGUCAGUGAGUCUGCCUUUUAAUGGCUCACACUUGUGGCAGUGGUGACUUGUGUUCCUUUGUUAUAUUCUUACAUAUUUCAUGUCCAGUUACAUUUUGCAUUCCUGUGCAUUGCCAUGUUUGUAUAAUAUAUAGGUAGCGCAACUUCAAGGCCAGAUUUGAAGGAACCAUUUACAGUAUUUGUGAUAUACCAGUGUUUCAGCUGCCUUGACAAACGAUUGCCAAUCAGUUUUUUUCCUUAAUUUUCUGUGUAACUGUUGCCUUUUGACUGAUCAUUAUCCUUUAAUCACUGAUGAAGACAUGUUUAAUUGCUGUUGCCCUGAUUGCUCUGGACAACAGUGUAAGUUUUUGCUGCUGACUUAAAUGUGUGUUGUUUGUUUGAUAUUUUUAAAUCAAUAUUAGUCAUUUGGACUGAAGGACUAACAGACUAAAGUAUGAAAUUUGAAUCAAAUGUAUACACAAUUUUUGGGGUAAUUAUUCAUUUUUAUUCAGCAAUGCACGUUAGGACAAAGGUUUCUAACUGUCGGUUAUUUAGCAUUUUGCGUGUGUACUUUUUUCAGUUAUCACAAAAGGUUUUAGUCUUUCCAAUCAGAUGACUUUUAUUUCUGUGUUUUGGUCUUUGUAAUACUUUUUUUUUCUCAGAUGGAAUUUCUUGGUGCUUAAAUACUCUUAUGUACCCAUUUUAAAGCUCUGUUCUGCAUAUCCAUAUGCAAGACCUCACACAUGUCCACAGUUAUACAUAGAUUGUUGUUUAAAGGAAUGUUGAGUCAGAAUUACCAAGUAGGUUUUUCACUUACAAGGGAUUUGCUUUUGUUUAUGGUGCAUACAUUAAACAUACAAUAAACAUAUUAAGAGGAAUAAGAAUAAGGCAGAGUACUGCAACACUCAAGAACAUAAAUUAAGAAUAGAAAAGUUACAAUAAAAUAUGACAAAGAUAUAUUUUUUUAAAGUAUUAUAACAUAAAAAAUAUGUAUAACCUCCUGAGUCCUGAACUUUUGUUAGCUAUUUGUAAUCGACAGAGCCCGAUAAGUAUAAAAAAAGAAAUAUUGUCAACGAUAAUUAAGUCCAAAUGUCCUCAAACGAGACCAUAAUAAAAUCCCAAUGUCUUCAAACGAGUACUUCUUGAUUAAAAGCAUCUUAUUUUGUUACUAUUUCUAAAAUUGGUCAAAUUUGUUGCCAUAUCAAACUACAAACAUUAUUAAUCAUAAAUUACGAAGUUGCAAUCAUUAAAUGUGAUCAGGUUUUGGACAUUGUCCACUUUUGUGUCGGAAUCGGCUGCAGACUGACUUUGUAGAGAUGGUUGCCACCUUGUUUUUUCAUGGAUUAGUGUAUUGUGCUCUUACUACCACUAGAUGGCACCAAAAUGUGCCCACGAACAGGGACAAUAGGUCUAAGUUACAUAGAUCAGUAUAUACAUAUACAUAUAUCAGUGGUGUAGUGGAAGGUAUACGCAGGUAUACGGGGUAUGCCCACUUCUUUUUUGGGCCAUUUACAGUAUACCCACCUAUCAGCCAAAAAGCCAUUGUAAUAUAUAGGAGAGUAUACCCACUUCCUCCACGCUAACCUGUCCAUCUACUUAGUAGUACACCCACCUCAUCAACUACCACCACACCACUGCAUAGAAUGAAGUAUAAGGUCAAGUAAACCCAAAAUAUGAUGUCCUGAUAUGAGGACACAGGGUCUCGGGAGGAUAAUACAGCUGAUGAACAUGGGGAAAAAGAAAUUGUAACUGGGUGUACUGAUUAACUGGAGGCUGAUAUUGUCUUUAAGAGGCUAUGAUAUCCAUCUAUUGGUACUAACCAUUGGUACCAACCAUGUCAGCAUAAGUUGCCAUAAAGGGGCCAAAUAAUAAUAACUGGCAUGUCGAUUUUCAAAGGGGUCUCUUGAACUCUCACCUCAAGAUAUCUGAAUGAAAAUGGCUUCUAUGGGCACCCACGAGUCUCCCCUAAAUUUAAAGGCUUGUUCCCAAUAAAUGUUUUGUUUCUUACAGUCAAUGUACUCUCACAAAAAGGACAACCAGCUUUUUGACGAACAAUGACUUCCUUAAAAUGCAUUGAUAUAUAACACAUUAAAACAGGAUUGUUGUGGAACUCUAAAUGUUAACUACACCAGUAUCAGUCUAAGAUAAUUAGAAAUAUUAACUGUAACAUAAGAAACCAAAGUAUAUCAGUAUGCAAUUCCUUAACUCUCCAUACAGUUAGCCUUAUACUUCAACAGCAUAAGCAAGUUCCUGAAAUUUAGUUCUGGCUUUUGCUUUUGCCCCGAUGAAAAAUUUUCUGGGGGCACCACUGCACGAAUGGAAAAAUGUGUUUCAGUUUCUUAGUGGACAUGUGUGUAUUCUACAUUAAUAUUUGGUACACUUUUUUAACAAUAUGAAAAAUAUUCAGCAAUAUAUAUUCUGGUUAAUCGCUAGGCAUGACUGACGGACAAUCAUUUACAACAUUUUUAUUGUCAGCCUGAAUAUGAGUGUUUUACUGGUUGAUUAUCUUCAGUCACCAUCAACAUACAGGCUGCCCAAUACUGAACCCAGAAAACCCACAGUACAUUAGUAACGCUGACUUUCUGUUUGUAAUUAAAUUAGCAGGCUCAUGUGAUGUCACAAUAGUCAAGAUGAAGGCCACAUAUCUCUGUAGUGGUCGUCCCUGUUUAGGUCUGAAAUGACAGUGUGUAAGAUGACUUUUUAUCUGAAUUUUUCUUUUUGUGCAAAGCUCCUUUUACAGUAUGUAUGUACAGUAUACCUGCAAAGUACAAAGCUGAAUUACUGGCAUCACACAAAGCCAUUUCCAUAUCAGUGGGAUACAUAUGAUGUGAGUUUCUACCUAAUGUUUUAACUUUAGAAAGAUUUUGCAAGAAAAAUCGCACUGCACCACUCAUUUAUGAAGUUAAAAGUACUAGUAUAGAAAUCUUUUCUACAAAACACAAAUCUGUAGAUUAGUUGCAUAUGAUUAAGCUGAAAUAGAAAAGCUGAAAACAAAAACAUUGACUGAGAAGUUACAUUAGAAGCAGAAAGCCUAAACUGUAAACCACAUUGUUCUUAGCUUAUUUCACUGGAAGCUGAUGGUUAUCUGUCACUUAACAUUGUUAUAUGUUUUUUAUUUCUUUUGCAGAUUCUAUCAGUUUCAGUUUUAAGGUCUAAUGGGGUCAGUAUACAUGACAAAGUGUCUGAAUACAGUUUGGUGAUUUAGCAAGUCAUAUAUUACAGUAUUAGCUUGACUUUGUGAGAAUGUUUUUCUUUUCGGUUGUGUAUUUGGUUGUAAAAGAAUUAAGCUAUUUUUGUAAUUACUUCUCUAAAAAUGUAUAACGUGAAAUCCAGUCAACUAAACACGCAGACUGAAGUCAACUCUCCAGUUUCAUGUUUUUUGUCUAUUAAAGCAUAAUCAUGUAAAAUUAA